AUGAGGAGUUUUCAGUCUAGCUCGAUGGCGUAUGCCAACUGUCGACGUCCUGCGAAGACAGCCAAGACCGGAUUUCUCGAUCUUCCGGACGAAGUACGCCACCGAAUCUAUGGACUUGCGAUAUACGACCAUUACCGUGGUGUCGUCUUCCUCCCUCGAGCUCUACCUCGCAAGGUCACUCCCCAGACCGAUCUGAACAUCUUGGUGGAGCCUACCAUUGACGACGGCACUCUAGCCGCCGGGAUCUGGUCUAUGUCCGGCGUGAUCGAGGACGGAAACGGUGGCUAUGUCAAGACUGUACUCGCACUCGGACUACCCUGGGCGGAGGAAAGAGGUGGUGUUCCGUGCGCAGACUGCCUGAUCCUGUCUCUCUGGGUCGAUCCGACACCCGAGGGCUGCGAUUCAGAAUGUGGGUGCGACUGCCACGAGCUUGGCAACGGCAGCAAAGAACUUGAGAGCGACAACACAGAAGAUGGAGAAGACUCGGAAGACGGGAUCCAUGUUCAACCACCUGCCGCCUGUCUCGCCGGGGCUUGUAGUGACGAGCACUGCGAACACUGUGCGGGUUUCGGUCUUGGUGCUUCUCAAAACGAGCUGGCCUACGUGGACGAGUUCGAUAUUGACGACGAGUGGCAACGACAGGAUCAUGACGAAGAAGAGGAUCUGGAGCACUUUGACACCGAAGAGCAAGUGGGCAUGCUCGCCAACAAGUUCUCGUGGAGAUUCGACUGGCAAGACUAUACGCGGUCUCUGGCUCGUUUCAUGAAAUGGAUCGAUGUGACUGUUGGAGACUACGCACAGUUUACCUCAGGGCUAUCUUUGGAAGGCCGUCACACGGUUGAAGAAGGCAUUGAAUUCGUAGCCAAUAUCAGCUUUGAGUCCUCGAUGUCAGGGCCCCAAGUCGGGAUCGACACGAUCGGACUGGCUCUGGCUUUACCCUUCAGUGCGAAGUCAUGUUCAUCUUCCGCCACGGUCCGACUUCAGAAGCUUGGUACCCUCUUUAUUCAGGCUAUGCAGUGUGUGUCGAACAAUGACCCUCCACUCUUGACGGUCGCUGACUCCGACAUUUCUGCUGAGACCACGGCGAAGCAGAAGCCUCUGACGUCUGCUAAGGGUCUGCCGCGCCAGAUAUCAUCAGGGAUCGACAAAGAGACUUUCCCCGAGGAGGAGGACGAGGUGGAGGUGCUCUUUGCAAGAGCAGUUCGCGCAGUGUCCGAAGAGCUCUAG